AUUUCCUUUGGCAGGGGCAUUGAUCCCAACCAUGUCCUCUGACAGUGAGGAUGAGUCAUCAGAGGCCAGCACUGUGUUCAGCAUGUUCGAGGAGAAGGCCUUCACCAGGCAGUACACCGUCCUGAAGACCUUGAGCCAGCACAGCACUACUGAAGUUAGGCUGUGCUUCCAUCGCCUUACAGGGGCCACAGUUGCUGUCAAAGCUCUGGCAAAGCGCAAGAGGUGGUGGGAGCCAACGGUGUCAGAAGUCGAAAUCAUGAAGCUGCUCAGCCACCCUAAUAUUGUUUCCCUCUUGCAAGUAAUAGAAACAGAACAGAACAUCUAUCUAGUUAUGGAAGUGGUCCAGGGGAAACAGCUACUUAAUCGAGUCCAGGAGGGUGGAUGCCUGAAGGAAGAUGAAGCAAGAAGCAUAUUUGUUCAGUUGCUCAGUGCCAUAGGCUACUGUCAUGGUGAAGGCGUUGUUCACAGAGACCUAAAGCCUGACAAUGUCAUAAUUGAUGAACAUGGAAAUGUCAAAAUUAUUGACUUUGGGCUAGGUGCCAGAUUCAUGCCUGGGCAAAAACUGGAAAGGCUGUGUGGAGCCUUCCAGUUCAUUCCUCCGGAGAUAUUCCUAGGGAUCCCUUAUGAUGGCCCAAAAGUAGACAUAUGGGCCUUAGGGGUUCUUUUGUACUAUAUGGUGACAGGAUUUGUUCCGUUUGUAGGGUCCACCUUGUCAGAAAUUAGGAAGAAAGUUCUACAAGGGAGGUAUGAAAUUCCUUAUCAUCUCUCUAAAGACUUAAGGAGCAUGAUAGGCCUGUUAUUGGCAACAACUGCAAGGCAGAGGCCAACUGCACAAGACCUCCUAAAUCAUCCAUGGCUUCAGCAAGGGGAAAAGACUGUCACAUUUCAUUCCAACAGAGACACCGGCUUUCCAGACCCUGACAUAAUGCAAGCCAUGAAAAAUAUUGGGUUUCAUGUGCAAGACAUUAGAGAAUCAUUAAAACACAGAAAGUUUGAUGAAACUAUGGCUACGUAUUACUUACUGAGAGUUGAGGCAUGCCAGGAUGAUGACAGUUAUGUUCCAACAAAGUUGAUGAAUCCAGGGAGGUCACCUUUCCCUUCAAGAGACUCUGGCACUUUUUCCCUGCCUCUCAGGAGAAGGGCCAGUGAACCUUGCCUUAAAGUAUUAGUCUCAUUUCCUGAACAACAUCAUCUAAGACAAAUUGGGGGAACAGAUGCCCCUGUUCCACCCAAGAAGACACCCACUAUGGGCAGAGGUCGUGCCAUGACCGCCCCUUGUAUUUGCCUUCUGAGAAACACUAUGAUGGAUUUAGAAGACAGCAGCUUUUGCACUAGCUCCCAGGCAGAAAAGGCCUCAAGUGACCCAGAAAAACGUGAGACUUCGACUUCACCCCCUCUGAAUCCUAGGGGCUGGAGGAAAUGGAAGAAGAGAAUUGGAGCAUGCUUCCAGACGUUGUGUUGCUGCGUGUUGCCUCCCAAAAGACGUCCGAGGACUGUGCAUCCCCAAAAGUGAGAGGAUACCAGAAGAUGACAGGAAGCGCAAGGCAUGGCUCAGCUUUUUCCUGAUUGGCCCCUCCUCCCACCAGUGCAUGCAGAAGCCCCACCAACCAGCAAAUAUGUCUACAUUUUCUCAAUCUUCCUCUCAAUGGCUCUUGCUUCUGGCUGAUGACCUCGUAGCCAAGAUACCUGACAUCAGAGGAAGAGGAGAGACUUCGCAGCCAGACCCAUAAGCCUGCUUGUCAAAGAAAGGAGGGGGAAUGAUGCUGCUCUCAAGACCUUCUGGAAGUGGACCACCCCAGACUUGAUGCUCCAGCUCAGGCUUUGAGCACAUUCCUGCUUCUACCACUAAAACUCAACAUGCAGAGAGGGGCUGGGUCCUUUGGGGGGACCUAUCUACAAUUCUGCUGAGACAUGCUGCUUUUGGG